UGUUUUGUUCUUUGCAUUCGAUCGCACCACAAAGUUUCACGUGUUAGGAAUGUUUUCGUUGUAAAGUUGCUUCAAUUUCCCGAAAAAUUGCGGUAAAAUGCCCAAGUUUACCCAUCUGGUGGUCGAUACGUCGGCGUUCAUCAAAAAUGCUCAGCUGCAGGACGUCGCUGAGCACUGCUACACCGUGCAGGGCGUAGUGGAUGAAAUCAAAAACGAUCGCCAGCUGAAACGGCUGGUGGUGCUGCCGUACAGUCUUCAGGUGCGCGAACCAGAUCCGGAUGUGCUGGCCAAGGUUACCGGAUUUGCCAAAAAGACCGGCGAUUUCGCUUCGCUUUCGAUAGUAGAUUUGAAGGUGGUGGCUUUGACGUACCAACUGGAGAAGGAACAUGUGGGAACGGAACACCUAAGAGAAGAACCCAAACCGGCCAAGACGGUUUCGUCCGGGCAAAAGCCGCAAGAGUUUGCCGGAACCGGAAAGGUGCUUGGUUUCUAUGAUGGAAAGAAGGGCGAUUCUGGUAGGGAACGAACCGAGACAGAGAGCGAAGGUGAUGGGAAUAAGCCAGCUGAACAGAUUGAAGAAGAUGAGCCUUCGAUGGAAGUUGAGGAAGAGACCGAACAUCUGAAAGAGAAGUUUGCAGAGCUCAGUUCAGAAGAAAUUAAGGAACUGGAAGAAGUAGAGCAAGACAUUUUGAGAAAAAUCGAACAACAGGAGGCGAAGGAUGAGGAUCUAGAAGCGGAAUGCGAAGAAGAGAUGUCAGAGGAUGAUGAGGAAGCAGAGCAAGAGGAAGGAGAGGAUGAUGAUGAAGAUGACGAUGAAGGCUGGAUUACUCCAUCGAACAUCAAGGAAGUGAAACGAGACUACGGCACAGAUCUACUGGAAGAAACGCCCUCCCCCGUAGCUUGUAUGACGACAGAUUUCGCCAUGCAAAACGUCCUAAAGCAGAUUGGACUCCAUAUAGCCGCCCUGGAUGGCCGUGUCAUCAAACACGCCCGCACUUACAUUCUCAGGUGUUACGCUUGCUUCAAGACCACUUCAGAUUCAACGAAACGCUUUUGCCCGAACUGUGGCAACAACACCCUGAAGAAGGUGGCCGUCAGUCUGGAUGCCGACGGCCAACAGGUGAUUCACAUCAACACAAGACGUCCCCUAACGGCCCGGUACAAGAACCGGCCGGUGGCCAAAUUCGACGGUGGAAAGCACGCCACCAACCCGCUGUUGUUCGAGGAUCAACCGCUGCCGCAGCAGAGAUUUUCGGCCAAGGCAAAGGCCAAAACGAACGCCCUCGGGGAUGACUACACGGCCGGGCACUCGCCGUUCGUUAUGCGGGAUGUGGACUCGCGGUCGGCCGUGCUGCGAGGAAAUUCCAAUUUGAAACAGUGGAUGAAGAAUUACGAGUACGACAACCACCGAAGGGGUUACAAGAAGUAACGGUGGAAGGGCUCGGUUUAGCCGAAAAGUUCAAUAAAAGAUCAUUUAAACUGGCAUA